UACCUCUUUGUGGGUCAUUGAAAUGUGUAGCGCGUAAACAAAACACCAUGAAUGUCAAGAUGAAAAUACAGAUUGCCAUGGACGAAGAUAUAAAAGAAUUCUUCCAAAUAAGAUUGUGCUUGUGUUAUCAAGAGGAAGAGAAUGAUCAACUUUGACUCGGCUAAAAAAUAAUAGACAACAAUUAUGGGGGAUGUACUGUAUCCUACAAGUCCUCCAUCCUUGGUGGGGGUGUCCCCAGCAUACUGGAACUACUCCGAUCAUGUCAAUCUUGAAAAUAUUAAAAUGGAUAGUAAUUUCAUGUGGUUACUCUGUUCAUUAGUAUCAGCUAUUUCUUGGCUAACUUAUAUAACUUAUUAUAACAGUAGAGUACUUGGGUACAUUUUGACAAAAUUAUUGAAUCGCUUUGUUGGAAAAUACCAGUACAUCAAAGUUGGAUCUUUUACAUUGUGUGCUCUUAGUGGAAAAAUAAUGUUCAGAGAUAUUGCUUACAUUACGACAGAUUAUACUGUAAGAGUUCAAGAUGGAUAUCUUAUAUUUAGGUGGUGGAGAAAUUAUGUUCCAAAGAAUAUUUCCGAAGAUCUAUCACAUUCCGAUACUCGUCUUUCUGUUUUAUUAAAUGGUUUUGAACUACAUGUUUACAAUCGCUGUGAACUCUAUGCACAAUUAGAAAAAACUUUUGGCCUUCCACCUGAAAUAUUUCCUGAGGAAACUCAUACAACCAACACUGAUAAUCAAGAACCAGACACUAAAAACAAAAAGAAAAAACGAAACAAGCCAGCAUCCACAACUAUUGAUGUAUCAAAACAUGUUGAUAAUAUUAGGAAAAAAGAAGCUUAUGUUAUUGCCAGGACUUGGAGAGAUUUAAUACCAGUUAUUAAAGUAGAUGUUUGUACAGGAAGAUUAGUUUUUGGUAAUUGUCUAGUACCAACUACAUUGUCUGUCAAUGUAGAAGAAGCUCAUUUUAUGUAUUCUACAAAACCAGCUGCAUCUCAACAUGAUCAUUUUAUGCAUAUAACAAAAUGCAAGGCUGAAAAUUUUAAAGUUAUUUUAGCUCCCAGUCCAAAGUAUACAGGAAUGAUCGAUGAACCACCCCGUUUCAUGGGAGAAGGCUUUGUAGUUUUGAGUUCAAAUCACAUGGAACUUUAUUAUUAUAUGGAUGAACCAGGUGUCGUUCCUGAGCAACCAGAAAUGAUCAGGCUAGCAAAUGGAGAUAUGGUUGAAGCUAUGCCUCCUAUUUGGGGUAUUGAUAUCAAAUGUGGAAAGGGUACAGAUUUCAGUUAUGGACCUUGGGCUGAUCGUCAAAGAGAACAUUUGUAUAAAUUAUUCUAUCCUACUGAUUAUCAACCUCUGAAAGUAACAACAGCUCCAGUACCUGGUGAUAAAAGACAAGCUCACUCAUUCGAUAUUCGUUUAUCUACACUCAACGAAGCAACAAUUGAUAUAUUAUUUAGUAAAAAUAAGGAAACCAAUGCUGUUCAUGUUAACGUUGGUGCAGGCUCAUACCUGGAAAUAACGAUGCCUUGGAUUGUACUUCAGGAUGGAUAUACAACUAAAAUCACUGGUCAAUUAUUACAUCUGGAAGCAACUACUAGUUUACAGUAUCGUAGUUUAGUGGAAAGUGAAACGCUAGAGUUUAAUGUAAAGUGUUAUUAUCCUGUAAUUUGGAAUGAUGAGCAAAUUUGGACAUUGAAUUUGACUGGUUGCAAAGCCACAGCGAGUUUAGUUUACUCCCACAAAGAGUUUUUUCAAGACUUAAUCAUGGAUUGGGCUAGUAAGGCUAUACCCGAUCUGAUGUACUUUGUGCCGUACACAUGGAAGUUCAGUCUGUUGCUUAAAGAAUUUGAAAUAAUUACAUUAUGCAAUGAAUUUAACUGGAUCGAUUGUUCAUCGCAGAAUCAAGAAAAUUCGCAUAUUGCUUUCUGUGGAGAAAACUUUGAACUGUCAUUUGAAUUACCUUUUGUUGAAUUUCUACCACCAACUGUUCCUUUACGAUUUUGGAUACAAGGUGAGAGCGUGGAUCUAGCAUUUUAUUUACCAGAAGUGAACACAAACCGUAAUGUAUUCAUAGCACUAGAGAAAAAUGCACGAAUUCUCUGUCGAGAUGGUAGUGUAAAACAAAUGUCAGAUCUUAAUAAAAAUAAGAAAUGGCGUAACGUGUGUCAAAGAGGAUCAGGUUGGAUAGACUGCUGGUCUGUUCCAAUUGUAGCUCUAAGUAUCAAUUAUACGUAUCAUCCAUGUCCGCCGUUGGGUCCACAGCCACAAGCAAAUAUCACAACACCAGAGAAAGAAGAACUUUUGUUGUUACCAAUUAGAAUACCUAGAAGCAGAAAAUCACCAGGAGCAGGAACAAUGCAGUGGGCUAAAGAAGCUACUCAGAAGUUUGACCCUACAACAUUAGAACCUGAUCUGGUCAAUCUCGAAUUGGAAAUUGGUCCCUCGGUGCUGUUUCUUAAUGGAUCUCUCAUUAAACAUUUUAUACACUUGAAAGAAAAUAUUUUUGGUGAUUAUCAGUUGUUUACGGACAUGCAACAGUCUCGGACCACUUCUGCAAGCGCCAAAUUAGACAAGAACAAAGAUCGUGAUGUUCAAAAUAGUAGUCUUGAGACGUCGAUGGAAGACGAAGAAGCAAGAGCAAAGCAAUUCGAUCCAAGAGACUAUCGUCCAUUUGACGUUACUGUAGGAAUAACUAUGCACGAUAUUCAAGCACAUUUGGUUAAGAAUUGCAAUGACGAUGACCCACCAUGUCCAGUAAUACUAUUGGAGCGCUUUGGUUUUGAAAUGAAGAAAAGUUUCAGAGAAACUCAGCUGCAGCUCUUACUUUCUCCAGCAAUUUUACUUUUAUCAGAUAACGUUCCGAGAUCUAACAAAGAGAAACAUCUGAAUCAAGGCCAUUUGAUGUUGAGUGCAUUGCAAGUUAGGGGACAUGCAAUGUUUAGUAAUGAGGGUAGAAGUUUGGAUCAGGAGACUUUAGAGUAUGCUUGGUUGAUUGAAGUGCAGUUAGGAAAAUUAAGUGGAAAAAUAACUUCCCCUCAAUUACAUCAUUUGAUCACGUCUCUAGAAACAUUCUUGCUUAUGGCUAAAAAUUCAGAAAAUAAUUUGAAACCUCCAGGUUUACCCAGUCAUUGUCAUCAUGGUCUUCCACCCUUACAGUGUGCAGAUAGUGAUAUCGAUAAGCAUUACAGGUGUCCCAGUUCUGAAGAUAUCAAAUACAGAAUGAAUCGCGUGGCUAUCGAUUCUAUUGAUUUGUACCUUCAAGAAAGUGGCACUGCUACACAAAUCUGGGCUUCGCCUAUCCGUGUAUCAACUUGUAAUUUACACGGACAACAAGUAAAAGCAGGAAUAACAGCGAUACUACCUACACUUCUCGUUCGACAAUUCGUUUCGGCAGCUGGUCAUUUUGCCAAUACAAGUAACACUAAUACUACUGCCAGUGGCAAAUCUCAUAACAAUGCCAGCAGUCGAUUAUCAGGUGACGGAUCUGAUAUCUGGUUAGAAGUUGGUUCUGUAUCAAUGGGACCUAUUGUUAUUGAAGCCGCUAUGUCGCUUCCAACACCCGAACAUAAUUUACACGUUGUUCAAAAUAAUUAUUUGAAAACUCAUGAUGAGAAAACGAAAAGAUUGUGGUUUUUAUGGUCGCAAGAAACUGGUGCUAAAGUCGCCAAAUGCGGGUGCAUAGGUGGUUGUGUAUUUUUCGGAAACAACAGAAAUGGACCAAGGUUUUUCAAACCAAGUUAUCACGAUUUGCAGGAAGGUAUCAAUAUUGCUGCUUACCGAAUCUUCGAACCUGGAAUAGAUAAAGGAUUUGCUCAAUCAAUUUUACACGAAGGUCAAUUAGUAUUUCACACUCCACCGUAUAGUUUACAAGAUGUAACACUUCAAGAUACGGUUGUAUCAACAUCUGGAGAACCAUCUCACCGGUCAAACAGUUCAAAAAUAAUUUUUGAAAGAUCUAAAUCUGUGAUCAGUCAGAGUAAAGGAUCUGGUAUCGGAGAAAGUGACAGUGCUAAAUUUAGCGGAUCUUCAACUAGUCCGUUCAGCGGAAAUAACAAAAAAUCUUUAAGUCGACGAUUUUCGUAUACUUCGCAGAGAGGAAACAGUACCAGAGAUGUUCCAUAUGCUCGUUUAUUUGAUGCUAGUCCCGCCGCACAAUUGCCUCCUAAAUUAGAUUCAGACUCUAAGUUAAAUACUCAACAUAGUAAAUCUAAUUUAAGUGUUCCAGAAAUCGAAAGAACACCCAAGAGUAGUGCAUCUGAUUCUAAAUUGGCUGUAGAUUAUUUCAAUAUACAAGAAACAGAGUCACUUCAACAAGGUGCCCCUAGUCCUCCAAUUAUACCGAUAAGUCCCAUCGACUCAAGUGGAGCUAGUCAAGCUCUGCCUACGGAUAGUGAAUCACUACGUAUGACAGGUUCACAACAAUCAUUGUAUGUGCAAUCGGACUCAGAGGACAAGUUACUCCAAGAGGUUCAAAGAACAGUGUCAAUGUCAUCAGAAAAUCAUUCGGAAGCGUUCUAUUCAGCUGAUGAAGAUACCAGUCAUGGCUUAGGUGGAAGUCAUAAUUCCAGUUUACGACACUCAUUAGUUGGUUCUGCAAUUGUUCCCAAUCAAAAUGAGUGCAUCAAAAAGAAAUUCUUAUCGGACUUAUCUAUUGUCGAGAGUUCCGCAAAUGCAAUUCAUGCAGCCGAUAAUGUUCCGGAAAAAGCUCAUACGCUAGAACGGGCCAAGCCUCAGUCGACAAGUUCACGAAAAAGUACUCGAAUUCAAGCUACAUCUAAUUUCCAAUCAGAUACCGAAGCAACAGAGAAUGGAAAUGUUUUAUUACAAGAUUCAUCUGAUAGUCAUUCCGUUUCUUCUACUAGUUUUAUAUCUGCUGUAUCAUCUCAGGAAGAUAUGACCUUAGUCAAUUUACAUAUGCAAGUGAACAAACCAAUUGUUGAUUCACCCUUAUUGAUGUCUAGUUACGUCAGUCAUUUGUCACAGGUGCGUUGCAGUAACUGGUCAACUUCGUCAUUACCAAGUAGUGGCGAUGCCUUUACCACUCCGGUAUUUCAACGAACUGAUGAUGGGAGACUCGUGUACAUUGGAGGACGGUACAUUCCAAAAUACGAAGUGAUGACUGAAGGAUUCACGUCAUUGAAAAUGAUUAGUCGUAAUGAAUCGUCACCAAAAGCUUCUUCGUCAAAUAAAACGCCAACUCAUCCAUACAUAUGGGAUAGUUCUACUUUAAUUCAAUCAGAAGGAGAAGAAAUUGUAACCCACGGGGAAGAAGAAUUUCUAGCUACCCAACAUGAAACUGGAUAUCGAACGACAAUCAUUGUAAAGCUCAAAGGAGACAUUGAUAUUAUGAUAAGUCCUUUAGUUUUGGAGUGUCUUCAACGCUUUAUCGAUGCAAUAAUUCCAACUCUGUCUACACUACAUCCUUUAACGAUUCUUAAUCAUUUGCAUAACGAAUGCAUUGGAAGGGUUGAAGAUGCAAAUAUACUCAAGCAGGAUCAGAGCUUAUCUUAUUGGAGCCAAGUACAAACUAGUUCUAAACGUUCAACGGCAGAAAGAAAUUUGAAGAAUGAUGAUGGAAAAGUGGCUUUACAAACGAGUGUAUAUGAGGAAUGUAUUUCGACGCAAAUACAAGGAAGUAUUAUUCUACCAAAGAUAAACGUAACGCUAUUACAAGCUUCUGUUGUAGAAGAAAUCAUAUCAUUUUCUGCUUUGGAUAAUAUUCGUGACUUAACGUGUGUAUCAUUAUUUGCGAUUUGCUUGGAUGAUGUGACGGCAAGAUUCUAUUUAGGAAAACAAGCUCGAGAAAUUGUCCAAACUUUUCACAAACCAGCGGUUUUACCUAAUCAGAAAAAAGUUAAUAAAAUCACUAAAGCGUUUUUAUCAGGACAUCAGACUACUGCUGUCGUUGCUGACAUUGGCGGUGGAGAGACUGUAUACAUAGAAACUUCUGAAAAGCAACAAGAAGAAAUAAUUGUUACAUUAAAUAUUGGAAAAGCUCAUACGCAAUUGAGACGAUUAAGGAACGAGUCUUCCAUUUUGAAGGAUGCCGUCAUAACGGCAAUUCCAUCAUAUUACUCUCGAGUGUUGUUUACUUGUACUAGAAUCACAUCCCCAUUAAAAUGUAUUGACUAUUAUCUACUUCAACCGCCAGAUGAAAAAGAUAAACAAAAUAAGCAGUCAAGCCCACCACAAGCAACUGAAGAAUUCACUGUAGGCUGCGGAGAAGACAAAUUAGGUUUUAUCAUGUUUGAAUGUGGAUUGGAAGGAAUCAAACUCAAAAUUGUAAAGAGAUCUCAGUUUGAAAAAGGUGAUAAUGGACAAAAUGAAAAUGAGACUGAAAUUUCUGAAAAAGAUAAUAACGUCAGUAAAAGUCAAGAUGAUCUCAAUAAUACUGCUGAUUCGACAACGGAAACAUUCGAACAAGAGUCAAUUCAAGCUCCAUCGAAUCUUAACAAUUCGACGCAACAAGUGAAUACAAGUGCCAUGGCCCUAGCGAAGGCAGCAAGUGGCAAUACUGUAUCUUGUGUAAUAGAGCUGAGAACUGUGUGGUUCAAUUUUGCUGCUCCACCGCGAACACCAAUCACCCGUAAAAUUGAUUAUACUCGAUUGGAUUGGAAUUUACUCAGUACUGCUUCACCGGCAAUAAAUGCAUGGAUGAAUCCGAACAACAGAUUCGCCAUUCAAGUUGUUCAUAUGUUCCGUUGCAUGUAUCGCAGGUCAACGGCUGUUGUCGCGUGUCUUAUGGCAGAGGCAUUAGAUAUGCAGGCUAUUCAUAUGCCCGUGAAGGUAUUAUAUUAUCUUGUUAUAUGCAUAAUUGAUUCAUUGAAUAGACGUAUUUAAAAAAAAACGUUCUUGCUCAAAUGACCUCAGAGUCGGUACGGAAAGUUAACACCACUUGCAAAGACGUUACAAGAAGAUCCAUCCUGUCAGUUAUGCAGUAUUCUUCAAAAUUACAUUUUACUGACAAAUCUAGAAACUACUGAGGCUAAUCUACGUGAAGCUGAUUUACCAACGUUAUCUACACUACGACAGGGAGUGAUAGUUCUAAGUCGACAAUGGAAAAAUGUACUUUACACUCCGUUGUUACUGGAGCACAACUACAAAACGAAACACAUCAAGCCGUUGAACGUUGCAUUUGCCAUGUCGGACCCGGAGGAGGAAAACAUCAUGACCGACGGCGAAGGUAGUGGUGGAGAUGCCGAUGAGCAAGAAGUGACUGACGAAUGUGCAAUGCUUAUCCACGCUGAUCACAUGCACAAACACUUGCACUCAAAAGGUCAAGAACGAACGUCAGGUAUGGUGAGUUGCGGUAGCGGUGUCGGUGGUUUGACAGUACCAGUGAGUUCUUCCCGCGAGCGAGACACAACUUCCCCGAUUCCAGGCCCACCAGAUUCUGUGACUUCACCACCUAUGCAAAAGUCAGCCAAAACAUUACAGCCAACUCAAGUACCCGCCAGCGCCAGAGCCAGUAUCGCUUUUCCGUUGCUUACCACCGGUGGACUUUUUAAUCAGUCUAAGGAACCCAACACCAUUAGCUACGGCACACUACGUGAAGAAAAAGCACCCCACAUAUACAUUUCUCACCACCAACUGGGAUCAAAUCCGAGCAUAUACUCGGGUGGCAAUGUUGGUCACGGAGGCAGUCAGCACAGCACAACUAGUCUAGACCAGAUCACCUCUCCACCGACAAAUCACUCAAGCAAACCCGUCAAUUUAGGUGAGGAUUUGUACAGCUGGAUGGCCAAGCAACAGGAAUAUAUGAAGGAGCACGACAAGGGGAAUCUCAAAGGCAACUGGGUCUUUCAUACCGAACAAAAGGUUACCAAGGACUCUAAAGUUAAUACCAUGACGACUGAAGACACAGAAGACUCUGACGUUCAAAGUGGUGCUUUCUUGUAUACCAUGAAAGACUCGCUUCGGUUGCUGGAUGCGCAUCUAAUCUUCGAGCCGCUACUGUCGUCUUUGUCGGUGAUGCCGCAACAAAUGCUUUCUGCCAUUAGUUCUGGAAAUAUUAACAACGUUUCCUCUCUGGACUCAUUGGCUUCAAAUGUGUCUUUAGUUAGUAGCAUGGAAACCAUGAGAAUCGAUAUUGUUGUUAGUGAACACGGCAAAGUUCCGGACAAGAAAAAAAAUAACAAAUACCAAUCGAAGAAAUCAGGUUCAAAGUUUCAUUUGGAUAUUCCGCCGGAAAUGCCUGCCUUUCUCUGUGAAAAGAUUGGAGUUGACAUUGACGUGAAAAAAAUGGCAGAUAUGACUGUCGACGAUAUGAUUCAAAAACAAAACGUUCUGUAUAUUUCAAGAGGUCAAUUAAAAAAGCACACCAGCACUGUUGUUAAUUUUAGCUUAAACAUACGUUACAUUAGUCAACAAGUUAACAUGCCACUUUUGAGACUUUUACAUCAGAUUAGUAACAUGUAUCAAAACGUUAAGGAGACUCAAAUGGAGCUAAAAGCUCAACAGCAACAACCGGACGCAAAAAUAAAUGCAAAUACUGUGAUAACCACUCGUACGAAAAAUGGCUCCUCUUCAACUUCUGAUUUACAAGAACAUUUUACAGUAGCGAUGAAAAAGGCUGAAAAGCAAGUAGCAACAAAAUCCGUAACCAAUAACCCUCAGCCCAAAGUGAUUUCCCCGUCAGCGAGUUUACGCUCAAGGCCACAAAGCUUUACGCAAAAAUUACGCAGUACCGGAAAAAGCGUCAAAGGGUACAUGAACUUGAGCGAAGGCAUCAUAACGCCAAACUUCGGUGCUAGUCCAAGUAGUUCAGGUUUAGAUAAAUUCAGUAUAUUAUCAGAAAAAGUCAAAACUGUAUCUAUCAUAGCGCCAAGAUGCUGGAAAACAAUAUAUCACCUUUUGGAUUUGUACGCCAUAAAACCAGAAACAAAAAUGAUCUCACAUAGACUGUCGGUGCCUGCAGACACCACGGAACGUUACAAGGGAAAUAAAAAGUAUGAGAAUUUGAGCGAUAUUAAAGAGGCUGACGUAGAAAAAGGUUUGAACGCAGAGACUAGCUCAACUCCUGUACCUCCUCCUCGGGAAUUAAGCGUCGUCACUGGUGAGCGAACAAGACUGAUUAUUUUUGGAGUAGCUAGAAUACAUCGAACAAGACUUUUAGCUACACUAAGUGGACUUAAACUAGAAGCAGAGAUAACUAGUUUACAUGCAAGUUUAACAUGCCGUAAAAAGACUCGACCUGCAAGCUUAGAGUGUAGUUUGACUGGCCAAAUUGGAAGGACGAUGAUUGUUCUUUUGGAGGGUGUAGCACCUAGUCAACAGACUGUCGUCAAAGUAACAGUGGGGAAAUCACAGGCCUUAUAUUCGAGCGUCACUAGAAGGCAGAAAGAUAAGAAUAGCGGUUUGCUAACAAUCGGUGCUGUUAAUAUCGAUAUUCCUCAGCAUCCUGUCGCUUUGCAUGGCAUGAUGACAAGAGGUAGCAAGCAAUUGUCAUCGACUCUCCAGGAACUACGUGUAGCAAGGACUUCCUCGCGAAUGGCUCGUGGUCAACAGGCUGAAGAAACUGAUGGAGUGCCUAGCAGUCCUCAUCAAUAUCCAACAGCUCCUGCAGUCAAUCUCGAUAAAUGUCAAGCUGUGUCUAGUCUUCUUGAGCCUAUCGUGAUGCAAUUCCAUAUUAUUUUGCAAAGCCUGAGUAUAACAGCAGCGCUGCUUCCGUCGUUACAAGCACAGUAUAAAAUGGAUCAAGUGAAUAGCUCUGGGAUUACUGGCAGCAAGGCUAAAUUUACUAUUGAUUUACCAAAUCAUAGUCUGAGUUUCACCACAAAAUUACAAGUAACUGAAGCCAAUUUGCCAUCUGAAGCUAGCAUAGAGUUACCGAAAGUACAUGUCUCUGCUGAAUAUAUUCAGGAUGGCGGUAGUAACUUAAAUGAUAGUAAAAUUGCAGAUGGUGUUGUACUCAGACAAGGAAGCUACAUGAGUGCCACAGCUGAUAUUGGUAUAUUUGAACAUUCCUUGACUACAGAUCUUCUGAAUCACUUGGUAUUUGUUCAGAAAGUUUUUAUGAGAGAAGUAAAUGAAGUUGUGCAGAAAGUUUAUGGCGGUGAGAAACCAGUGCCGUUAUGGCUUGAAGACGAAGAACCUGGAACCUCUUCUAGUUUAAAAAGAAUCCUGUUUUCACUUGUUAUUCGUAUUAAGAGAAUUCAACUGACGGCAACAACACCAACCAACUCAGCAGUACGACUGGAAACAGGAUCCUUCGAAUUUCAACUUUCAAAUCGCGUUCAAAAUGUUUCUGGUGCUACGCAGCCAAAUCCAUACUCGAAAUUAUUUGGAAAAGCUCAAGUCGAAAUCAAUCUCAGUCUUGGGCAGCUUAUUAAAAAUGUCAUGUUUGAAGAAGCAGAUCCGGAAUUUCAACAAUAUGCAUUCUUCAAUACUCGUAUUGGUUUACGAAAUGCCUUCCAAGAAGAGUUGGCUGAAAAAGAAGACAAAGAAGUUGUUCUGAUAACUCUGAAGAGACCUUUGAUUUAUAUCCAGCCAAUGGCAGUUGACAAAGCCAUUCUUGUUUGGCUAAAUUAUAAAAAUGCUUACGAAUAUUGGAACGAGAAACGAUCAAAUUUGAACAAAGAAGUUCUGACAGCCACUCAACAAGUGUUUGAGAAAGUACCGUUCGGUCAAUUAACUAGUCAACUUAGCUCUCCUAAUUUAGGAACUUUGUUCUUACAACUGACUGUUGACGACAUGGGUAUUUGCAUCCCAUUGAAUCCAUUGCCACCUGCAAAUUGGGGUUUGAAUAGAGGAAUGUACGAAGGCGACUCUAGAGGAGCUGUUGUUAUAACUUUAGAGAAUACUAGUAUUUCUGCUUGUAGUAGUGGUAGCUUAGUUAGUAAGGGAAGAUUUGUUGGCCUAUGCUUGAGAUUCGCCGAAGACUUUGAAACAUCACUGGACGAUUGGAAACCUGAUGUAAAUGAUAGUAGCAUUAUGAAUUUAUGCGUUGUUUCUGAAGGCACGUAUGAAGUAUGUAGCAGAACAAUAGCUCAAAAACAAGACAAAAAUGCCCGAGUCACCGAAAACGCAAAGUGGAUUCUAAAUGUGCAGUGGCAGAUGGAGGGUGUUGACAUUCACUUAGACGUGAGCGUUGGUCAGCAGUUAUCUGCUCUGGGACACACUUUGACAAUGUUAACUGGCUCGGAAGAAGACGACGCUCGUGCAUCUCUUGACUACGAUAGUGACGAUGCUAAUCAACCAGACAACAGUACCAGCCAGGAAAGUAUCUUAAUGAAAAAGAAAAACUGGACAGAUAGUUUACCAGCUUUCAUAUUUGAUCCUUCGCUCGAUGCUAAGAAGCGCUCGAAGUUAAUUGAAAAAGAAAUGAAUGAGCAAGCUAAAAUUAUCAAUGACUUACGAUCUCUUGGUGCAUCACACGGGACUAUAGAGCAAGAAAUGAAGCGCUUACGUGAAUUGGAAGCUCUAGUUUUUAAAGAUUUUAGACGUGACUGGAUACAAAAGCUGAGAAGACAGUCUGUAAAACCAUCGGGUAUUCGUGGGAAAUUGGGUCUCGGGAAUAACAAACAAACUUAUAGAUCAAGGUCUUUCAUUGUUCCGUCGCCAACACCUGAAAAUCAAUUAGGUAGUCCUGAAGAUAUGAAAUCGGAUACAACUACGAUCAACUCGGCAAGCUAUGAAAGCAGUCCGAAAAGCGGCCCAAGCAGAUCAGCAUCUCUGCGUGUAAGAGGACUUGGCGGGCCUCGCGUAACGUUUAGCGAUACUCAUACAAUUUGCAGGCAAUCAUCUCUGCCUAGCGCGGGAUCGGAACUGAGUUUACCCGAAGGGAGUUUAGAUUGGCCCGAUACCAUCGAAAUUGACGGUGAGCAAGUGGAAUUGCGUAAGAAGAAUAAAGAAAUGAGUACAACGUCCAGUUAUGACAGUAUGGAGGGAAAUAUCCCCUUAUUAGAAUCAUUAGUUAUUGAUCCAACUUCGAGCACUACUUCGCCAUACUUUUUGCCUCAAAAGCCACAAGAACCAAACAUAGACUUUGAACUCGAUGUCAAAGUUUUGAUUAACAGUGGCAAGUGUGUCUUACAUACAAAAGAUCCAACAAAAGAAGAUGAAUUAAAAAUAAUGAGUCGAAUGAAGAAAGAACGCUCGUGUUCAGGAGGUACAUUUGAGUUUCAGGCCAGUAGUCCAAGCAGUAGUAGAAAGAAUGAGCGCAGUAAAGAAAAAUCGAACACUAGUUCAUCUAGAUUACGAUAUGUACAUCAUGCGAACGUGCCUUUGGUAGAUUUGACUAUAUUUCACAUUCCCGGUCUAGAUGUUAAAGUUCACUACGAAUCCAAAAUAGUAUCCGAAGAGUCCCUAUCGCCAAGAAUUUCAAUUGAUACUCCACUUUUGAAUCCAUCAGCGAUGUCCCUAAUGAGAAAAUCAAGUACUAAAAAAGCCAGUCUCUUCGCUUGGAUGACACUGCAAAGUAUUCCUGAGGAAACAAUCAUCAGUCCACACAUACUUGGAUUUUUAGAACAAACUUUAGAACCCAUACCAAGUAAAAUGAACUUCCAGACAGGUGGGCAGAGUGCUAUGUUCCCUCUGGAAAACAUGGAAAGUUCAUGGGCUGCGACUGCUGCAAAUAGUAAUUACGUUUAUGCCAGUUUUCCGGUAGACGUUAUUGUUUACUUUCACAUGCAGCCGUCGACGUUCAGAUUUUCCUGUUUGCCUGUAUCACGAGUCGAAUGCAUGCUACAGCUUCCGUCUCUCGACAUUGUAGUCUCAUCAAAGCGAGCUGAAGAGGAUCUCACUGAAUUCGGCGAACACAAGUCGGGCAAAGAAAGUGGCUCUGCAACUGGUGGAAUUUCUGUUACUGGUUGUCUAGCCGAUUUUUCUGUGUACAUAUUUCACCCAUACGGUGGCAAAAAGUCUGGUCCUAAGGAAGCACAGUGGUCACCACUUUCCGAUAGCGAAAGAAAGGAUUCACUCAGCAUCAAUGUUGAAUUUGUCAACUUUCAUUUAUCGAGAAGUAAAAAGAAGAACUUCCCUAAUGAUCAAUUAAAAAUUAGCGGAGAUCCGAGGGCUGUUAUAAGAUUUUCAACUAUUGUUGACAUCGGCUCGGCUUCAUUCAAAUACGAUAUGCGAAGAUUGACUGAAAUCCUUGCUUUCCCAAAAGCUUGGUACAGACGUAGCAUUGUUAGACGUUUAUUUUUGGGUGAUCUUAGCUCAAGUAUGGCUUAUUCCGAAGGCGACGUUCGUAACCGCGAGGAGGCAGCUAUGGGGAGCUCUCUAUUAAAACAUGACCGCCAUGGCAGCGAUGUGUUGUCGAAAAGUACUCCUGAGCGAAGUCCAAAGUUAAAUAGAGAUAAUUUAAGACUGAGUUUUGAUGGCGAUACACCUAAGCAAAUUCGAUUGAAAGACAUUGGUAGAGGAUGGAGUUUCACUGGUGACAAACAGUCAUCCGAAGUAAAAGUAAGAGAAUCUGCUUGGGAAACAUUGGUGCUAUUUGCUGUUAACUUUACUCGCUUAAAUGUACACAUGAAUAUGGGCAAUGUAAUGGGAAACGUUUCUUGGAUGACCAAAGAUUUUCGUUCAGAUGGAAGACUGUCAAUCGGCAGUACUGGACAUAAAAAUCUGUAUAUAGGUAUUGGUUUAGGAGGCUCUAGCCUAGACGCCAAGGGAGGUAUUGUCGGCGGUAUCAUUGAGCUUAGCAAAAUUGACACUUAUAUUCACAUUCGCGAAGAACCUGACACAGAACCUGACCAUACAGUCGGCUUAAAGUUGUUUGCAUUGGAGUUAAGACUUGAUUAUAUGGGCACAAGUGUUUUAAUGUGCAGAGUAUCAUCCUUAGACGUUACUCUACGAGAUGAAUGGAAAAUUAACCGUAGUACUUGUAGCGGCGCAUUCAUGCCUACAAGAAGACCUGCUAUAAUAUUUCUACAUGGUGUCCUUGGCUGGGAUCAACUACAAAUAAUGAUAAGUAAAUCCACAACGGCUGACCUGCUGAAAAUGUUUUACAAGUUGGAUGAAUUCUUUAGUCAACAAUUCAAGAGUAGCAAACGCGUGUUUAGUUCUUUACAAACUAGACAGCAAAGAAUCAGUAACAACAGUCUGAAAAGAAGGCAACAGAAGAAACGUGGUAAUGCCGAAGCAUAUUCACAAGCUGCACUAACAGAUGCUCGACAUCAUCGUCAUUGGCAACGAGUUCUGUGCCAAGUAGCUGGAUUACAAUUGGGAACUUUACGAUUUGCUUUGCCGGCAAACGGAACGGUUCUUGGUGGUACAAUGGAACUACAUGGAUCUAACAUCAGUCUAGCAUGUUUCCAUGGUAUCAAUUUUAAGUGCAAGAGUUGGGCACUAUUUUCGUUAAAAGAACCAUGUAUAAGUUUCGCCACGGAAGCUCAAGAAAUUCCAAGCAUAGAAUCACCCAACGCUAGCGAUGUACACGUUGUUCAAACUUUAACUAUCAGUUUGGGACAACAACAAGAACAGCACACUAGACAUCAUUCUAUGGCAACUGUUUGUCGGAUGAGUCGAAGUGUCCUGUUUCCUCCGCAAUUCAAGACUUUACAAGAAUGGUUCCACUAUGCUUUUGCCAACAGUGAAAUCGAUGCUGUAGAUCGCUUUCCUUGCGUUGAAAGAGAGAGAACCGAAAGUACCUCGGAAUCAGCUGGUAGUAAUAGAGGAAGAAAUUCAUCAACCAGUACUGGAAAACUGCAAGAACACUCCCAUACGCGAGAAGUCAUAUUCUCACUACCAUCGUUGCAACUACAUUUAAAAACGGAACAUUUACAAGCUGCCAAAACUCCGGAUGUAAUGGGACUGCCUAAACAUAUACUUUAUAGUGAAAAGCCGCUAGUAGAGUGCAGCUUUAUAACUGAAUUCGAGGACCACAUAUUUGUAACAGUUGACGCAGAGGCCUUUUUCUUCUUGCAUGAUCUUAUCACGUCGUACGUCAAAGAAAAAGAACGGGUGCAUGCAAUGCAAUACAGCGCUAGAGCCCACAGUCCCGAUCCCACUAAGCGCAAGGGUGCAGCUCAAGCAAGUACCUCGGCAGCUACUGGCACGUCUGCCGAGGAUGAUAAGAAACGCAAGCAAUUUGAUCCCGCCGAGAUGUUCAUUAAAGACUGGCGAUCAUACAGAUGUAAGACUUGGCACUUAGAGCCAACUGUCAGACUCCUAUCAUGGGCUGGUAAAAGUAUAGAACCCUAUGGCAUCGAUUAUAUAUUGCAAAAACUAGGCUUUUCUCAUGCCCGCAUUACUAUACCAAAGUGGAUUCAACGUGGAUUCAUGGAUCCUUUGGACAAAGUACUCGCCGUUCUUAUGCUGAGGAUGGUACUGGCUGUUCGCGAUGAAACCCCUGACGAGAAGGAACAUAAAAAGGAAAAAUAAUUCUUUCACACAUCGACAUACUAAACUUUUAUUUAUCGUGUAAAAUUGAUCAUAUUUUUUAUAAACCAUUUAUUUUACGUCAUCGUUCGUGCGACGUGAGGUAUUGAACAAUGGCGUAAUAGUGCAUGUAGAUUAUUGUAAAGAUUUUGUUUGUAUUUGUAUUCUUUCAUGUUUUUAUAUACUUGUAUAGUGAUUAUACUGUAAAACAAAUGUAAAAACAAAAACAUAAUAACGGAAGCGAUGGCAAACGUUAUUAUAGCUUUAACAGGCAAUGGCUUCCAACGAAAUCAUCAUGUUUGUUACAGAUACAUACACAUACAAAGCUAUUCUUGUUUUCAAAAUAGAUAUUAGCAUGUGUGAGUGCGCAUACGUGCUCGUUCGACUGUGAUUUACUCUAAUGCGAAUUUUGAUUGUAUUGAAAAAUGAGAGAAAACCAUGUUAUUGUAAAUGUUUUGUCCCUUUUUUUUGUGAACGUAAGAAACUUUUUACUUGUGACCAGAGCAAAAUUGUGAGGCUAAUGUGUCCGUGGUAUUUAUUAAUGUCGCAACAGCAAAUUUAAAACUUGUGUAUAUAUGUAUGUAGUUAAAGAAUCGUUGGAAAUUCAAGAUAUAAACUUUGUAUCAAUAAGUUGUGCGAAUUAUUAAUUUCUUAAUGUUAUAUAUAUAACAAGAAAGGUAUAAUUAUUUAAUUUAGUUUCUUAUAUGAUUUAUGAAAUGAGCAAUGAAUUUUCUAUGGCUCUAUUAUUCGUUUAAUAUUCAUACUGCUUCGACAAAUUCCUUUGUUUAAUGUACAAAAUUAAAGCUCAUGACUGUAUAUUACGAAAUAAAGUAGAACAAAACGUUAACAUUUAUCAAUAACUCUGUCUUGGAGAACAGUUCUUUCAUAAUUUUUCCUAAAUGAAAAUAUCCUGUUUUAGGAAUUAGUAGAAUACUUUUA